AGAUCAUCUCCCACAUGAAGAAAUCUCAAAGUCUCCACAUCAUGUGUCACGUUCCAGUCUUGUGCUGGAUCACUGCUACGGUUCUGGAGGAUGUGUUGGAGACCAGAGAGGAAGGAGAGCUGCCCAGCACCCUGACUGAGAUGUACAUCCACUUCCUGGUGGUUCAGACCAAAGUGAAGAAGGUCAAGUAUGAUGGAGGAGCAGAGACAGAUCCUCACUGGAGUCCAGAGAGCAGGAAGAUGAUUGAGUCUCUGGGAAAACUGGCUUUUGAUCAGCUGCAGAAAGGAAACCUGAUCUUCUAUGAAUCAGACCUGACAGAGUGUGGCAUCGACAUCACAGCAGCCUCAGUUUACUCAGGAGUGUUCACACAGAUCUUUAGAGAGGAGAGAGGGCUGUACCAGAACCAGGAGAAGGUUUUCUGCUUUGUCCAUCUGAGUGUCCAGGAAUUUCUGGCUGCUCUUCAUGUCCAUCAGACCUUCAUCACUGAUGGAAUCAACCUGAUGGAAGAUCAAAUAAACAUUUGUCUGUUUUCUGAAUUAUCUAAGACUAUGAAACCAAGAAAUCUCCAUCAGAGUGCUGUGGACAAGUCCUUACAGAGUCCAAAUGGACACCUGGACUUGUUCCUCCGCUUCCUCCUGGGUCUUUCACUGCAGAUCAAUCAGACUCGCCUAGAAGGUCUGCUGACAAAGAGAGGAAGUAGCUCACAAACCAAUCAGGAAAUAAUUCAGUACAUCAAGGGGAAGAUCAAUGAGAAUCUGUCUGCAGAGAAAAGCAUCAACCUGUUCCAUUGUCUGAAUGAACUGAAUGAUCGUUCUCUGGUCCAGGAGAUCCAACAGUCUCUGAGAUCAGGAAGUCUCUCCACAGAUAAACUGUCUCCUGCUCAAUGGUCAGCUCUGGCCUUCAUCUUAGUGACAUCAGGAGAAGAUCUGGAGGUGUUUGACCUGAAGAAAUACUCUACUUCAGAGGAGGCUCUUCUCAGGCUGCUGCCUGUGGUCAAAGCUUCAAACAAAGCUUUACUGAAUGACUGUAACCUCUCAGAGAGAAGCUGUGAAAUUCUGGCCUCAGUUCUCAGCUCCCAGUCCUCUAAUCUGAGAGAGAUGGACCUGAGUAACAACAAGCUGCAGGAUUCUGGAUUGAAGCUGCUGUUUUCUGGACUGAAGAGUCCAAACUGCAAACUGGAAACUCUCAGACUUGGUGGCUGUUCUCUCUCUGAAGCUGAAUGUGAAGUUGUGGCCUCAGCUCUGAAGUCCAACCUUCAUCUGACUGAAGUGGAAAUAGAGUCGAUCUAUGGAGAUGGAUCCUUUGGAGACUCUGGAAUGAAGCAUCUAUGUGAGAUACUGGAGAGUUCAAUCUGCAAAGUGAAGAAACUGAGACUUGGUGGCUGUUCUCUCUCUGAAGCUGGAUGUGAAGUUGUGGCCUCAGCUCUGAAGUCCAACCUUCAUCUGACUGAAGUGGAAAUAGAGACAAUCUGUGGAUCCUUUAAAGACUCUGGAAAGAAGCAUCUGUGUGAGAUACUGGAGAGUUCAAUCUGCAAAGUGAAGAAACUGAGAUUGAUUCGCUGCAGUUUCUCAGAGAUCAGCUUGGCUUCUCUGGGCUCAGCUAUGAAGUCUAAUCCAUCCCAUCUGACAGAACUGGGCCUGAGUGGAACCAACCUGGACCCUGGAAUAAAGGAGCUCAGUGGGUUUCUCCAGUCUCCCCUCUGCAAACUACAGAGAUUGAUAUUGAGGGACUGCAGUUUCUCAGAGAUCAGCUGGGCUUCUCUGGGCUCAGCUCUGAAGUCUAAUCCAUCCCAUCUGACAGAACUGGACCUGAGUGGAACCAAGCUGGACCCUGGAAUGAAGGAGCUCAGUGGGUUUCUCCAGUCUCCCCUCUGCAAACUACAGACAUUGAGAUUGUGGGACUGCAGUCUCUCAGAGAUCAGCUGGGCUUCUCUGGGCUCAGCUCUGAAGUCUAAUCCAUCCCAUGUGACAGAACUGGACCUGAGUGGAACCAAGCUGGACCCUGGAAUGAAGGAGCUCAGUGGGUUUCUCCUGUCUCCCUUCUGCAAACUACAGACAUUGAGGUUGGUUAACUACAGUUUGUCAGAGAUCAGCUGUGCUUCUCUGGUCUCAGCUCUGAAGUCAAACCCCUCACAUCUGGAACACCUGGACCUGAGGUUCAACAACCUGAAUGAGUCAGAUGUUAAGCAGCUGCAGGAUCUUGUAGAGAGUCCAGACUACAAACUGAAGUCUCUGUUGUGGAGAUGAUGAUCUUAGUAGAGGAGAGAAGCUGAUCUGUGUCCUGAUGAUCCCAAGGGGUUGAAGCUGCAGCUGUUUGAGUUUAAAGAGACUCUGACUGGAUCUUGAUUGUGAACUCUGAGUUUAAAGAUUUGUCUCCACUUUAUUUGAUCCUGUCUGUCAUUUAGUGUCUGAUUUUAUUUUUCUCUUUGGAACAAAAGAGAUGAAAUUCAAACUAAGCUCCAUUUAGUGGCUCCAUGGAGGUUUGAUCUGAAUUGGAUCAAACUGUAAAGCUGAUCUUUUUUUCUCUCCGAUUGAUUUUCAGCCUGUAACUCAGAA